UCCCAGCCUACUGCAGUGCAAGCGUCCCUUCCACGCAAUGAGUUACAGUCUGGAUACAAUGUACGGCGUUAGCUCCCACCGCAGGAUACUGGGGGACUCUCCCCGGUCCGUGCACCGCUCCGCCGGCUCUUUAGCAAGCAGCGGCUUCCAUUCCCAAACCUGGUCUCGGAGCCCCAGCACAGUCGCCUCGUACAAACGGAUCGCCCCGAGCCUGACGGCCAACUUCAACUCCCAGAUCACGGUGUCCAGCGAGAGCCUGGACUCCGGGUUCAUCAAUGGAGGAGAUAUGAGGUCGCGCAACGAGAAGGAGAUGCUGCAGACCUUGAACGACCGCUUCGCCACUUACAUCGACAAGGUGAGGAACUUGGAGCUGCAGAACAAGAACCUGGAGGCGGAGGCAACUUCGCUGAGACAGCAGCAGGCCGGCCGUUCGGCCAUAGGGGAGCUGUACGAGAGGGAGAUCAGGGAUCUGCGCGAUGUGGUGGUGCAAGUCAGCAACGAGAAGGCGCAGCUACAGAUGGAACAGGAGCACCUGGAUGACGACAUCCAACACAUCAAGAUGAGGUACCAGGACGAGAACAGAAUGAAGGAGGACAUAGACAACAGCAUCAGAGGCCUGAACAAGGAGGUCGAGGAGAUGGGCUUUUUGAAGCUGGACCUGAACAAGAAGUUGCACCUCCUCACCGACGAGGCUUCAUCCAUGAGGGAGAACCACGAGGAGGAGGUGCGAGAUCUCAUCAACCAAAUCCAAGGCUCGCAGGUCUCUCUGGAAGUCAGGGACAUCAAGUCCGACAUCACGGCGGCUCUGCGGGAGAUUCGCGAGCAGCUGGAAGGGCACGCCGUCAAGACCACCAGUCAGACCGAGGAGGUGUUCAAAGUCAAGCUGGAACGGCUCAACCAAGCCGCCAAGGUCAACACGGACGCUAUCCACGCAGCCCAGGGUGAAAUCUUCGAAUAUCGCAAGCAUCUGCAGUGCAAGAAUACCGAACUGGAGACCAUGAGGGGGACCAAAGACUCAAUGGAGAGGCAAAGGAUUGAAAUGGAAGACAGACACAAUGCGGAUCUAUCCACAUACCAGGAAGCCACACAGCAACUUGAGAACGAACUGAGGAGCACAAAAUGGGAAAUGGCUGCCCAACUGAGGGAGUACCAAGACUUACUCAACGUGAAAAUGGCCUUGGACAUUGAGAUUGCAGCUUAUAGGAAACUUCUGGAGGGUGAAGAGUCAAGAUUUUUUGGGGGAAGUCCCUACUAUUCUCUAGAAGGAUUUCAUAAAGGAUCCUUGGUGCCCAACCAUAUUAUGGCCAAGUUUGAUGAACCAAUCAAACCAAUUGAGAAAGAAGCAGACGAAGUGGUCGCAGAAGAGGAAAGGGAGGAGAAAGUACGCACACCUGAAGAGGCUGGAGAAGAAAAAGGAGAGGAAGACAAAGAGGAGGAAGCAGCAGAGGGAGAGGCUGAUAAAGCAGAAUCUAAAGAUGAACAAGAAACUAAAUCUGACGAAGGAAGCGUAAAAGAUGAGGACACAAAAACUGAAAAUGUUGCAGAAGAAGAGAAAGUAAAAGAAAAAAUAGACAAUAAAGAAGAUGUGAAAAAGGGAAGCAAGGCACAAGCAGAGGAAAAGCAAGAAGAACCAGCCAAAGACAAAAAGGAACUGACGAUAAAGGUGGAAGAUAAAUCACCAGACAAACCCAAGGAGAAGGAAAGCCCAGAAAAGAAGCCAGAGGAUAAAGGAAUGACAAAACCAGCAAAAAAGGAACCAGAGGAACAAGCUGAACUGGAAUCUAAAACCAAAGAGAAGGAAGAGGAAAAGGAAUCAAAAGCAGAAAGCAAGGAUGAAGAAAAGGAAGAUUCAAAACCAGAACCCAAACCUGAAGAGAUGGAGGUCAAGAAAGAUGCAGAACAGGAAGUCAAACCUGAGGAGAAAGAAGUGAAGAAGGAUGCAAAACCAGAGGUGAAACCUGAAGAGAAAGAACCCAAGAAAGAGUCCAAACCUGAAGAGAAGAAAGAAGCAAAGCCAGAGUCCAAACCAGAGGAGAAAGAAGCAAAAGCAGAGUCUAAACCUGCAGAGAAAGAAGACACAAAAGAUGCAGAACCAGAGUCCAAACCUGCAGAGGUGAAGAAAGAAGCAAAACCAGAGUCUAAACCUGAAGAGAAGGAGGUGAAGAAAGAUACAAAGCCAGAGGCCAAACCUGAAGAGGAAGACGUUAAGAAAGAAGCAAAACCAGAGUCCAAACCCGAGGAGAAAGAAGCAAAAGCAGAGUCUAAACCUGCAGAGAAGGAGGUGAAGAAAGAUACAAUUCCAGAGUCUAAACCUGAAGAGAAGGAGGUGAAGAAAGAUACAAAGCCAGAGUCUAAACCUGAAGAGAAGGAGGUGAAGAAAGAUACAAAGCCAGAGUCCAAACCUGAAGAGAAGGAGGUUAAGAAAGAAGCAAAACCAGAGUCUAAACCUGAAGAGAAAGAAGCCACAAAAGAUGCAGAACCAGAGUCUAAACCUGCAGAGAAGGAGGUGAAGAAAGAUACAAAGCCAGAGUCCAAACCCGAGGAGAAAGAAGUCACGAAAGAAGCAAAACCAGAGGUGAAACCUGAAGAGAAAGAAGUAAAGAAAGAUGUGAAGCCAGAGAGCAAACCUGAGGAAACGGUGAAGAAAGAUACAAAACCAGAGACCAAACCUGAAGAGAAAGAACCCAAGAAAGAUGCAAAAUCAGAGGUGAAACCUGAAGAGAAGGAAGUAAAGAAAGAUGUAAAACCAGAGUCCAAAGCCGAGGAGAAGGAGGUGAAGAAAGAUACAAAGCCAGAAGCCAAAUCUGAAGAGGAGGUGGUCAAGAAAGAUGCAAAACCAGAAGCGAAAGUUGAAGCUGAAACACAGAAAGAACCUUGUAAACCAGAGCCUACGCCUCAGGGGCAAUCAGAACCAAAAAAAGAAGAAUCAAAAAAGGCUGCAGAAACCGAGCCAGCUAAACAGGAGCCUGCAAAAGCAAAGGAACCUGAAAAAGCAGCGGACACGAAAGAAGCCAAAGACCAAAGUAAAGAAAGUGACAAAGAAACAAAGGAUGAGAUGACCGAGACUGUGAAAAAAGUAGAGAAAUCAGAGCCUACGAAAGAUCAAAAGGAAGAGAAAUCAGAAAAGGAUCAGGUUAGUAAAGAGAAAACACCUGAAGGUGGAGAAGAAACACAAGUUAAAGAAAGCAAAGAGGAAAAAUCUGAAAAGUCUUCCAGCACUAAAGACGAAACAAAGGCGGCAGACAAAACCAAAAAAGCCGAAGAUUAAAAGGCGUAACAAAUAUUUAUUGGGGAGAAUAAUCACCAAAGAAAUACUGAAGCAAAGAACUAAACAACUGUUGUUGACAAACUGCCAAGAUAACAAUGUACCUUGUUCAUGCCACAAGGAGCUGGAUAGCAAUAUACAUUCACUGAAGAGGCAGACAAAUGCAUCGUGAUAACCUAUAUAGCAGAAUGUGAUGUAUGCAGAAUGCUAAGCACUUGAAGCCUACAAAUAAUUACCCUGCCUCAUUAAUAAGUGCAUUUAAGAUGACCGAUUGAGGUAUAUCUAUCACUUAACGAUAAAAUGUUCACUCAGUCACAGUAAUCUAAAUAACGCCAUGUUAAACCUUAAAAGUCACAUUCACAAUUUAAAAUAAUGUCAAUUAUUUGCAAAGUGCAAUAUAUAAAGAGCUUAACAGAUACAAUGUGCCUCUGAAGUAUAUAUAUCAAUGCUUACACAAUUAAAUGCUAUGUAUUACAGAAACCUCUAAUUAAAAGUAAUUGCAUUUUCUUUGAAUAAAGCAGCAAUUUUUUACUACAAAA